GCUCGAGCUGGCGAGCGGCGCGGGCAGGCAGCAGCCGCGGCAGGCGCGCGGGCCGCGUCAGGGGAGCUGGGGGCCUCACAAUUCUAAGAAGGAGAGGGGCGAGAGGGGGCCGGGGCUGGGCGGGCUAGGGGCACCGCGCUCUCCCAACGGCGCGGAUCCUUUUUGGAAAUUAAUAUUUAAAAAAAAAAAAAGAAGCCUAGGACGCAGAGGGGAAGGUGGGGGCAAGAGAGAAGGCGAGACACACAUACACACGUAGAGAGAGAGACAUAACCCCACAGUGAGAGGAAGGAAGAAAGGCAACAGUCGCCCGGCAGCCGAUGUGAAGACCGGACUCCCUGCGCCCCUCGCCGCCUCUGCCCGGCCACAUCGAUGUUGUGUCCGCCGCCCGCUCGCCCGGAUCACGAUGAACGCGCAGCUGACCAUGGAGGCGAUCAGCGAGCUGCACGGGGUGAGCCAUGAGCCGGUGCCCGCCCCUGCCGACCUGCUGGGCGGCAGCCCCCACGCGCGCAGUUCCGUGGCUCACCGCGGCAGCCACCUGCCUCCCGCGCAUCCGCGCUCUAUGGGCAUGGCGUCCCUGCUGGACGGCGGCGGCGGAGGCAGCGAUUACCACCACCACCACCGAGCCCCUGAGCACAGCCUGGCUGGCCCCCUGCACCCCACUAUGACCAUGGCCUGUGAGACUCCCCCAGGUAUGAGCAUGCCCACCACCUACACUACCCUAACUCCUCUGCAGCCGCUGCCGCCCAUCUCCACCGUGUCGGACAAGUUUCCCCAUCAUCACCACCACCACCAUCACCACCACCACCCGCACCACCACCAGCGUCUGGCGGGCAACGUGAGCGGUAGCUUCACACUCAUGCGGGACGAUCGCGGGCUGGCCUCCAUGAAUAACCUCUACACCCCCUACCACAAGGACGUGGCUGGCAUGGGCCAGAGCCUCUCGCCCCUCUCCGGCUCCGGUCUGGGCGGCAUCCACAACUCCCAGCAAGGGCUUCCUCACUAUGCCCACCCGGGCGCCGCCAUGCCCACCGACAAGAUGCUCACCCCUAAUGGCUUUGAAGCCCACCACCCGGCCAUGCUUGGUCGCCACGGAGAGCAGCACCUCACGCCCACCUCGGCCGGCAUGGUGCCCAUCAACGGCCUUCCUCCGCACCACCCCCAUGCCCACCUGAACGCCCAGAGCCACGGACAGCUCCUGGGCACAGCCCGGGAGCCCAACCCUUCGGUGACCGGCGCGCAGGUCAGCAAUGGAAGUAAUUCAGGGCAGAUGGAAGAAAUCAAUACCAAAGAGGUGGCCCAGCGUAUCACCACCGAGCUCAAACGCUACAGCAUCCCACAGGCCAUCUUCGCGCAGAGGGUGCUCUGCCGCUCCCAGGGGACUCUCUCGGACCUGCUGCGCAACCCCAAACCCUGGAGCAAACUCAAGUCCGGCCGGGAGACCUUCCGGAGGAUGUGGAAGUGGCUGCAGGAGCCGGAGUUCCAGCGCAUGUCUGCGCUCCGCUUAGCAGCAUGUAAAAGGAAAGAGCAAGAACACGGGAAAGAGAGAGGCAACACACCCAAAAAGCCCAGGUUAGUCUUCACAGACGUCCAGCGUCGAACUCUCCAUGCAAUAUUCAAGGAAAACAAGCGUCCAUCCAAAGAAUUGCAAAUCACCAUUUCCCAGCAGCUGGGGUUGGAGCUGAGCACCGUCAGCAACUUCUUCAUGAAUGCAAGGAGGAGAAGUCUGGACAAAUGGCAGGACGAGGGCAGCUCCAAUUCAGGCAACUCAUCUUCUUCAUCAAGCACUUGUACCAAAGCAUGAAGGAAGAACCACAAACUAAAACCUCGGUGGAAAAGCUUUAAAUAAAA